UAGACUUAAGUAGGGAGAAGUUUGCGCUCAGCUUCACUGCUGGGCGAGCGGAGCAAGUCUCCGGGAAGGCAAGCCAGCCCCCCGGACGCCAGUGGGCUGCUCCCGCGGCUCGGGACCUGCCCGGGUUGCGGAGGUGCGCCCCUUAUUACCUCGCCCUGAGGCUGGCGGCUCCUGCCCGGGAGAUGAGCGCUGCACCUUGACUUCGAGUCCCCGGAGCCACCCUCUGUGGACGCCUCUUCUGAGCUGUGCCCAGCCGCUUUGGGAGAGAAUUCCAGGACAAAGAGAGAUCUUCAAACAUCAAAAUGGGGUUCAAAUACACGCGCCGAUUCUUUGCACUGUUCAUUCUUCUAAAUCAUCCAACCCCGAUUCUUCCCACUUCAAAUGAGACCAACCCAACACAACAGCCUGAGCCAUAUCUGUACGCCGUGGGACGAAAGAAGCUGAUGGAUGCACAGUACAGAUGCUAUGAGCGGAUGCAGCAGUUGGCUCCAUACCAAGAAAAAGGUCCAUACUGCAAUCGCACCUGGGAUGGAUGGCUGUGCUGGGAUGACACACCAGCUGGAGUUAUGUCCUAUCAGUUGUGCCCAGAUUAUUUUCCGGAUUUUGAUCCCACAGAAAGGGUUACAAAAUGGUGUGAUGAGAAAGGUGUUUGGUUUAAACAUCCUGAGAACAACCGAACCUGGUCCAACUACACUCUGUGCAACGCUUUCACUUCUGAGAAACUGCAGAAUGCGUACGCUCUGUACUACUUGGCUAUCGUGGGUCAUUCUGUGUCGAUUUUCACCUUAGUGAUUUCCCUGGGGAUUUUCAUGCUAUUCAGGAGCCUUGGCUGCCAAAGGGUGACUCUGCACAAGAACAUGUUUCUAACUUACAUUCUAAAUUCUAUGAUCAUCAUUGUCCACCUGGUUGAAGUAGUGCCCGAUGGAGACCUUGUGCGAAGGGACCCGUUGGAAUUGUGCGUACCCCAAUCUUCUGCUUGCUCUGGCAUUGUUUUCUUAACACUUCCAAAGUGCUUCCUUUGCCAAUAUCCGGAUCAUCUUCCGAUGUAUUUAUCUCAGGUGAGCUGCAAGAUUCUGCAUUUCUUCCACCAAUACAUGAUGUCCUGCAACUAUUUCUGGAUGCUCUGCGAGGGGAUCUAUCUUCAUACUCUGAUUGUGGUGUCUGUGUUCACCGAGGGGCAGCGCCUGCUGUGGUAUUAUCUCUUGGGCUGGGGGUUCCCACUGUUGCCAACCAUCAUCCAUGCCAUUACUCGGACCCUGUACUUCAAUGACAACUGCUGGCUGAGUGUGGACACGCAUUUGCUUUACAUCAUCCAUGGCCCUGUUAUGGCGGCAUUGGUGAUCAACUUCUUCUUCCUGCUGAACAUCGUCCGGGUGCUGGUGACCAAAAUGAGGGAAACCCAUGAGGCAGAAUCGUACCUGUACCUGAAGGCUGUGAAGGCUACCUUGAUCCUGGUGCCCCUGCUGGGAAUCCAGUUUGUGGUCUUUCCCUGGAGGCCUUCCAACAAGGUGCUUGGGAAGAUAUACGAUUACCUCAUGCAUUCUCUGAUCCACUUCCAGGGAUUCUUCGUCGCAACUAUCUACUGCUUCUGCAACAAUCAGGUUCAGACCACUCUGAAGCGCCAGUGGGCGCAAUUUAAGAUCCAGUGGCUCCAGCGCGGGGGGCGCCGCCGCGCCCCCAGACGCUCGGCUGCUCGGUUGGCAGCGGCAGCGGCUGCUGAGGUUGAAGAGAUCCCGGUUUACAUCUGCCAUCGGGAGCCCAGGAACACGCCGAUCAACAACCUGGGCGACGAUGACGAGGGUGCGGAGAUCAUCCCUUUGAACGACAUUGAGCAAGAGACAUCCGCUUGAAUGUGAAGCAGACACCGCAUCGUGAUUACUGAGCCUUCAUUUCCUGGGGGGAAAGAUAGAUUAUGCUUUUUAAGUGAUUCCCAUACCCCCAGGCGCUGAGCAUAUCAUUCGUGAAGAAUUAUUAAGUGAAUUUGUCCAUUGUAAAUCUGGAGAAAGUUAUUCUUGGUACUAUUGCUUUGGGAGACAGUCUAGGAAUGGAGUCUCCCACUGCAACUUGUGAACUCCAUCAUUCAUCCACCGCUGAGAUGCAGUUAGCAUAGUAAUGCAAGCAAAGUAUCCAAGAAAAACCUUAAAUUAAAUUGACCUAGUUCAGAUACAGGGUGCUCCUUGUUGAUCUUGAGCCAUUUAUACCUUUUAAAAUUCAAAUCCCUUAUCAAUACCUUUUUCUUUUUAAGUCUAGAUUUUGAAUUAGAAUAUUUCUGUAUUUAUGUAAGGAUCUUAUUUUUAAUUUUUUUAAUUUCAAUCAAUUCUGAUGUUACUCAGAUAUUUUAGCAUCCAUACGAUGUAAACUGCACAAAUUACAGGACCUCUGCAGGCAAAGUGGCUACCAGAAACGUGACUGGGUAUGCAGGAAGAUGCACUCCUUUGAAUGAAAAAGAAAUUUAGAGUCAAUUUUCUGGAAAUGUUAUAUGCUCAGCGUGAUUUCGGAUAAUCCUGUCCCCUGAGCAGGCCUUAACUGCUGUAAGGAAUUGGACUUAAUGUUGAAUGUGCUUUGGUCGCUGAUAUUUAUAAAUUGGGAGGUCACAAAGAAUCCAUCACUAAAUUUUUCACAAAACUGCCAAAAAUAUGAUUCUUAAUGGAAGAGAAUACUCUCUUUAAAGAGAGUUUUCUGCUUUCUAAAAUCCUAGAUUUAUAAAGCAAUUCACUCCGAGGUUUAUAAAGCAGAUUACCUCUUGCCCUUGGGUGCUAUCUAGCAGUAAAAGAUAAAUUUGUUGAAGACUAGUAAUUAAAAGACUCCAUAUAAGUCCAUUAACUGCCUUUCACCCAGCUUCAAAGCUUAACAACAUCUUGGUCUUUUCCAGGAAGAUUCAGUAGGGCUAAUUAGAAAUCAGUUUGUAGUUGACCUCUUGUUUGCUGCUAUUAGCAAAACAGGGAGAAAAAAAAGUUACUACUACAAGUUUAACAUGUUUUAAUUCAUGUUUAAAAAAAAACUACAAUUUACUUAUUAUAUUCCCACAUUUCUCUUUACUUCCCAGUAUAAGAUCUUCAAAAAUCCUUGACUAAACCACUAUCAUUACUGGCAUCUGAAGUUAAUUUAUGAGUUUGCAACUUAAUCUGAGUUACCAUUAUUUAGUUUGCAUGAUGUUAAAGGAAGAUAGAGAUUGAAACCCUCCAAAUCCAAGUCUCAUCAAUGUCAUCUUAGAUUUAAUUGUGGAAAGAAAAUAAACUUAUUUAUUCUGAUUACAUAUUUAGUGCACCCAGAAAAAAUUAUAUUUAUCAAAUGAAAAUUUAUUUUGGAUACUAAAGUAGAUUAAGUCUCCUUUACUUGACUGUAAGGGAGGAGUUGAAAGAGAGUAUUUUUCCAAUCACAGUGUUAUGUAGUAACAUUCCUAUUUUUGUUUACAAACAUGGAAAACAGAGUAUUUCUGGCAGCUCUCGUACAAAUGUGAUAAUAUAUUGCUAAAAUAUUUUAGAUGUAAUUUGCUAAUACAGUACGGGCUGAUGACAACAAAAUAGCUUAUAAUAGAAUUGCAUAUAGUUUUGCUAAAAUUAUGUGAAAUGCUUAUGCUAUGUAUAUCU